AUGUCAAUACGAAAACCGCAUGAGGCUAGAGAUGAGAUUCAAUUCACACCAAUUAAUCAUAUAGAUAUCUGGCCAGUAGAGUGCGAUAUAGAAAAUGGUUAUAAGGAGGACAUUUAUAGCCUUGAAUCUGUUGAGGAAGAGAAAAUCGAAAAUGAGAACUUCAAAUUUGAAGUAAACUGGAGUUAUGAAAUAGAUACUGAUGAAAAACAAGAAGACUUGGAGAUUGAUGCUUUUGAAGAUCGACAUAAGGAUACGGAAGGCGACUUGCCACUAAUUGCAUUUGGUUCAAAGAGUAAAGCAGAUGACGAUGACAUAGAACAACCCUGCAUACAAACAAAUAAUUUUUCAAAACCGCGACCCUCCUCGGUGGAACUGUCACCACGCCUAUGGAUCGCGCAUUUAGAAGCAGUAACAGCUAAUCAGGAGGAAGGAACUGCCGUCUGUGAUACUGGCUCGGCCUAG